CCAAAGCUCUUGCAUCAAACUUCGUCUCCUUCUCCUUCCCAAAGGCGCGCUCUUCUUUCUCUUGCCCUCUUCUCCUUCUCCCUCACAAGCCCUUCUCCAAGCUCCUCACCGAGAAGCCGCAAUUCGAUUCCCUCAUUCUGGGAAUUCUCAAAUACAACCCCCACGCCUUCACCUCCGGCUUCCGCACCCCGGCCCUCCUCAAGCCCCUAAUCUCCGACCGACAUCUUUUCCUCUGCAUCAUUCGUUCCAUCGGCAACCAGCCUCGGGUCGCUCUGCGGUUCUUCCGCUGGGCCGAGCGCCAGCCCGGCUUCCACCGAUCGGAGCUCCCUUUCUGCGCCGUGCUCGAGAUCCUCGCCGACGCCGGGCUCAUGAAGGCGGCUUACUCGGUUGCUGAGAGGGCUCUGAGCUUCGGUUUACAUGGAAUCGUUGACCUGUUGAUCGGCAAGUAUGUGAAUUCGGACGUUACUAUUAAGCUUCUCAAUCUGCUUUUAUGGAUGUACACUAAGUGUUCGAUGGUCGAACGCGCCUUAUCAACCUUUCGGAAGAUGAUGGAAAAUGGUUUCUUACCUGAGGUUAAGAACUGCAAUCGGGUUCUUAGGGUUUUGCGGGAUGGCAACCGGUGGUCUGAAGUCAGGGUAGUCUAUCAGGACAUGGUUAGGGCAGGGGUGCAGCCCACCAUUGUUACCUUCAACACAAUGCUUGAUUGUUACUGCAAGGAGGGACAGGCUGAAGAGGCUUAUAUACUUCUUCUUGAUAUGGAGUUCAAAAAUUUCAAUCGCUGCUUGCCUAAUGAUGUUACUUACAACGUUGUGAUCAAUGGAUUGUCAAAGAAAGGCGAAUUGGAGAAAGCGGAGAAGUUGCUUGCGAAAAUGCAGAGUUCAGGUAAGGCUUCUUCUUUCUCCUAUAAUCCACUGAUUAAUGCAUUGUUUAGCAAAGGAUUUGCUGACCAAGCUUUGCUUUUUGAGACUAAUAUGGUGGGGAAAGGCAUCCUUCCAUCUGUGACAACCUAUAACACCAUAAUUUACUGGCUUUGUAAGAUGGGAAAGGUAGAAGAAGCUCGAAAGAAGUUUACACAGAUGGAAUCAAAGGGUCUAACAAUGGAUGUAGUCUCAUACAACUCUUUGAUCUAUGGUUAUUGCCGUUUGGGAAACAUAAUGGAGGCUCUUUCUUUGUUUGAGGAUCUAAGAAGAGCCCAAAUUGUUCCAACGGUUCGAACAUUCAAUAUACUUAUAGACGGUCAUUGCAGGGUGGGCGCUCUUGAGAAGGCUUUGAAGUUUAAAGACUAUAUGAUAGAAUGUGGUUGCCACCCUGAUAUAUGUACUUAUACAAUCCUUGUGAAUGGCUCUUGCAAGAUGGGAUAUCAUGCCAUGGCUAAAGGAUAUUUUGAUGAGAUGCUUCAUAGGGGACUUCAGCCAGAUUGCUUUGCUUAUGAUACGAGAUUAGCUUGCGAAUCGAAGCACGGGGCUAUGUACAGAGCUUUCCAAUUGAGGGAGGAGAUGGUAGCUCGCGGUGUUGUGCCUGAUAUAAUCACGUAUAACAUUUUGAUUGACGGGAUUUUUCGGACUGGAGAUUGGGAUGAAGCUUAUCGGGUGUGGAGGAAGAUGAUUAAUGAGGGAGUAGUUCCUGAUUGUGUGACAUAUACAUGCAUAAUUCACGCCCUUUGCCGUAAAGGCCAUCUAGACGAAGCAAAAAGAGUUUUUGAUAGAAUGUUGUGCAAUAAUGUUUCGCCUUCUUUAGUAACUUAUACAGUACUUAUUCAUGCUUAUGCAAGGAAAGGAAAUAUUGGGACAGCUUAUGGAUUCUUUCUUCAGAUGUUACAGGAUAAUGUGCAGCCAAAUGUAAUAACUUACAAUGCUCUUAUAAAUGGCUUGUGUAGAACUGGCAAUGUUAAGCUUGCUUAUAGAUGUUUUUAUGAAAUGCAAGAAAGGGGGCUUUCCCCCAAUAAGUAUACUUACACUUUGUUGAUAAAUCAGAGUUGUGAUUUUGGUUAUUGGGAUGAAGUGCAGAGGUUGUUUGGGGAGAUGCUUGAGAAAGGUGUUCUUCCUGAUUCCUGCACGUACAGUGUUUUGCUUAAGAAUGUGGGUGAUGAGUUCAGGGAUCUUGCAGUUUAUUAUUUGGAAAAUUAUGUCCUUGCCGGUUAAGAAAGCUGCAAUUUUGGAUGGGCGUAGUCAUGACCUCAAGCUUCACUUUGGCUUUCGCUACGUUCGAUUCUUGUUCUUAGAAAAAACGAUUUGCAACGAUAUGGCCUUCUUCCUCGAAAUGUUGCAGGACAAAUAAAUUUUCAUUCGUCACAGAUUAUGAAUUCUUUCUUCAGAUGUUGCAGGACAAGUAAAUAUUCAUCAGCCAUAAUCGGUUUCCUCAUAAUUAUUCUCGAGGAGAAGGAGCUUUCCCUCAAUAAGUAUAUUUACACUUUGUUGAUAAAUUAAAGUUGUGAUUUUGGUUAUUGGGAUGAAGUGCAGAGGUUGUUUGAGGAGAUGCUUGAGAAAGGUGUUCUUCUUGAUUCCUGCACCUGCAGUGUUUUGUUUAAGAAUGUUGGUAAUGACUUCAGGGAUCUUGCAGUUUAUUAUUUGGAAAAUUAUGUCCUUGCUGGUUAAGAAAGCUGCAAUUUUGGAUGAACAUAGUCGUGACCUCAAGCUUCGCUUUGGUUUUCGCUUCGUUCGAUUCAUGUUCUUAAAAAAAAAAGUUUUGCAGCGAUAUCGCCUUCUUCCUCGAAAUCUCACUGGACCAAUAAAUAUUCAUUCUUCACAGAUUAUGGAUUAUUUCUUUAGAUGUUGCUGGACAAGUAAAUAUUCAUCAGCCAUAAUCGGUUUCCUCACAAUUAUUCUUGAGGUAUGCUGAUUUGUGUAACAUGAAUUGUGUUCCAAUUUUUAAAUUUAUUUAGUGCUCUUCACUGUUUUCUCCUAUUUUCAUGUUUAUUCAUUGAGGAGAACACAUUAUUGUUCCUAUGGUUAUUGGUUCAAU